UGAGAGCCACUGUCUGCUAUAGGUAUGCGUUUGAACAUGGAGUAACCUGGAGAUAAACAACUUCAAUAUCGUAAAAAAUUCUGCAGCACUUCUGACCAAUUACUAUGAUUUGGUAUGAACAUUGCAUAAAAAUUGCUGCACACUUUUUCUAAAGAUUUCCGUAAGUCUUUAAGAAGAAUCUUCAACAAGACUUGAUGAAAUAAGAUACUUGCUAAAGGGCAUUCGCAAAGUGGCUUGCAUAACACAACGCUACUAGAAUACAACGCAUUUAUGAAAGUAUUUAUCUGAAAACUGAAUGUCUAACACAAACUGCUGAAGAAGUUUUACUUCUUCCAUGAGCUCGUAUGAGUGAAGCUCACAUAUUUAUCGUUUUGAUAAUUACGCUUUCUAUAAUCUAUAUAAAAUAUCAAUUAAUCAUUUCUGACAACUUCAGCUAUUUCAGGGAAAAAAUUCUUGAAAUCAAAUAUCAUUUUACCUAAAAGAGCAUACACCAAAAUGAAUAUUCAAAAAUCGGCGUCGAUAUUUAUGAUCAUCGUCGCAUUCACUGAAAGUUGUGUUCCUCUUUUCUACCCAAAUACCGUUGAAGAACACAAUAUUAUAAAUUUAUCACGGUGGACCGUAAUCGUACGUCAACGUACAAUGUCGAGAUUUAUAUUCAACGAUACUUUACAGUACGGUUCUAUUAUUCAUUUUCAAGCCGUUCUUACAUUGAAUACAACAUUUAUGAACAUGCCUCACGCAAACUUUACUUGCACUAGUAGUUGUCAAGUAUUGAAAACAAGCAAGAAUUUAGACAAUUGUCACAAUAGACAUGUUAUCAAAGUUAUUGACGUACGUCGCAAGGCAGUUACUCAGUAUAUAGACUACAAUAAUUUUGUUAUAUUGAUUCUUGAGUCACCUUUUCUAAGUGAAAAGGUUAAUGUAAUCAAUUUAGCAAAGAGUGAUGAUUUAAUAAUUGCCAAUGACAAUUGUUAUUUUUAUGGUUUAACAGCAUCUGUGAAAGAACCUCGUUCACUUACAAUUGAUAAAUAUUUGACUGCAGCUCCAUAUAAGUUCGAGAUUAUAAAUGGAAAAUUUAGAAACUUAACUCACGUUGUUGAUGCUAAUGAACACAUCAACGUCAGCAUAAUUUUAUUAAUGAAAAAUUUAUAUGCAAAUCCAGUGAUAUGUCAAGAUCAGUUUGAUCCAAGGCGUCAUUCCCAUAUUGGAUUCUUAAAUAUUCAUGUCAAAAAUUUAACGUUCGAACCAUUUGAAUUGCAGCUGAAUGAAUCAUUUAUAUUAAUAUCUCAACAAGAGAAGAUAUAUAAAGAAAUAAAUGAUUAUUUCAAUGCAACUCAAAACAAGAUUCUUUGAAAUAAUACUGCUAUAAUAGAUUAUGAGGUAAAGAAUGAGACAAAAUGAUGUUAGGCUACGGUGAAGUUUUCUAGCAGCUCAUGGAGUACAAUAGCGUCUUUUAUCUCGUGCUACUCAUUAUACUUUUCAAAAUUACCGACACUAAAAAUUUGACUUUUGCUGUCUUCAGCAGAUGAUCUUGAAAUAAAAAAACUCCUUGAACUUUCUUCAUAAUAAUUUAUAAAUAGCAGUUUUUUAAGACCUAGUUAUAUAAAUUUUGUUAGACAAUUUUUAUUCAACUUAAAUGGAUUCGAAAAAUGGGUGCGCAGCGAAAUUAUUUAUAAACCUACAAAUCAAUGCAUAUUUUAUGUCAUAACUAGCUUUUCAGAUUAAAUACCAAUAAAAUAAAAUCAGUUUUAAUAAAUGUUAUCAUGGUUAUUUGAAUACUCUUUUAAUUUCUACUGACUAUACAUGAAUUCAAGAAUACUCGUUUCCAUAUUUAGCGAUUCAAAUUUAUUUACUAAAAUUUGCUAUUGUUUAAAUAUUCAUUAUUUAUCUUCUGUAAGUUUUCAAGUUCCCGAUCUAAGCCCGUAGGUUUCAAAGAUGCUUUCAUUGAAUUGAGCAUCUUUGCCAUAUUUUCAGCCAUUGAAACCAGAGAGUUAGAAUAGUCGCUCGCCACCCUAGAAGCUUCUGUUGUUGUCGUUAUAUAAUCAUAUACUGUGGUGGCUUUUUUAUUGGUGGCAUACUUCUUAACAUACUCCUCUAUAUUAGUGGCCAUUUUAUCACCAAGUUCAUGCAUACUUCUGUAUUCGUCAGUAGAGUCGAAAGGAUAUUCAGUUGAACGGUAACUUAAACCUGAUGAGUAGUCGUGUUCAUUAUCGUC